GGUUGUUGUGAAUUAUCCAGGCAGCCACGAGGGCCGUCCUCGUCCGACUGACAAUUUUCCCCCAGUCCAACUAUUGCAUCUCGUUUUAUUGUGAUUUGAAUACAAGCUAAACUGUGAUUGUAUUGACCCUGCUUUGAUAUGAUUCGGCAAUCACGUUUUUAGUAGUAUUUCAUAUUGUAGGGUCCAGAAGUGUGUACCUUUGUGAAUCAUUCUCGCUCACUAUCUUGAUUCUAACCAGCUGGCAAACCACUGUCAGCUGUGUGGGAUAUGAAAGCAAUCUGGUCUUUUGGCAAAAACAUGAAAGCUGUCCGCAUCUCUAAGUUUGGAGGAAUUGGUGUUCUGAAGGUCCAGCUCGACGUGCCGGUACCUGAACCUAAUGAGAACCAGAUUCUUAUGAAAGUUGCCUACUCCGGUGUGAAUCCUGUUGAUACGUAUAUGCGUGAGGGUGCAUGGCGUGCCAAGCCCGACCUGCCGUACAGCCCUGGGAAGGAUGGUGCGGGUACCGUGGCCAGGCUAGGAGCUAAUGUCAACGAGUUCAAGGUGGGUGACCGUGUCUUCACCGCAAAGUCAGCCACUGGGACGACAGCUGAGUACUGUUUGGUUGACAAAGACUUUGUUUGGCCUCUGGGAGACUGCCUCAGUUUCCAACAGGGUGCAGCUAUUGGUAUUCCAUACUUCACUGCAUACAGAGCCCUAUUUAUGAGAGCGAAUGCCAAAGACAACAAGGAGAGUGUUUUAGUCCAUGGUGGGAGUGGGGCGGUUGGCUUGGCUGCAUGUCAGCUCGCCAAGGCUGCUGGUCUGACUGUGUUCGGGACGGCUGGUACACUUGGUGGGAUGGAGAUGGUACUGAAAGCGGGUGCUGAACACGUCUUCAACCAUCGGGAGGAGGGUUACAUGGAGAAAAUACAGGAGGCAACUGGUGGAGAAGGUGUUGACAUCAUCAUUGAGAUGUUGGCUAAUAAAAACCUGGCUCAAGAUGUGCCGCUGCUACGCAGACAUGGACGAGUUGUUGUUGGUAGUCGUGGGGCCCUGCAGUUCGACCCACGUUUAACAAUGAUCAAGGAGACUAGCGUACUGGGGGUUGCUCUCUACACCUCGGAGCUUGAGGACUGGAAGAUCAUGGGUAAUGCAAUUGUGGCAGGCAUCAAGUCAGGAGCCAUAAACCCAUUUGUACAUCUGGAAUACCCGCUCGAAAAGACAGCGGUCGCUCAUGACGAGGUAAUUAAACAUUCCGAUGGGGGAGCCAAAGGCAAGAUGGUGAUUAAGAUAUCUGAUUGAGGAUGAUCUCAUAUUUCUGAUUAGCGUUAGUACUUGCUGUUUCAGAGAAAAGAAUAUUAGAUUAUAAGACAUAGAAACGAAAUCCAAACCAAACAAUGGACUUGGGACUGACCAGUAUUAAUAGAGAAGUGUCCUUAUUACAAAGGUCAAUUAUUAAGUGAAAAUGACAGGUUUUGUACCAAAAUGGUGACCUUAGGCUUAAUAGAGAGGGUGUGCUUCACUUCACGUGACAUAACUGCAUUGUAUUUGAUACUCGGCACUGAUGCUGUCCUCUUUGAUACGACAUGAGGUUUGUCUUCUCAUUAAUUAUUAUAUGUGCUACCUUAAUGUCAUUUUGAUCAUGUUAUAUCAACAAGUUGAUUCUACAA